GGGGAACAAUCUCACCUUUUCCCUGUGCUCUGCAGGUGCUCCGUGACUCCCUGGAUACCAGGUGUAAAUGCCACGGAGUUUCAGGCUCCUGCUCAGUGAGGACCUGCUGGAAGGGGCUGCCAGACCUGGGGGAAAUUGCCUCUGACCUCAAAUCCAGGUACCUGGCAGCCCUCAGGGUGACCCACCGGCUCGUGGGGCCCAGGAAGCAGCUGAUCCCCAAGGAAGGGGAUGCCAGGCCUGUGACAGAGAUGGAUCUGGUUUAUCUCAUCAACUCUCCCGACUAUUGCACCCCAAACCCCCAGCUGGGCUCUCUGGGGACACAGGACAGGCCGUGCAACAGGAACUCCGUGGGCAGUGACAGCUGUGACCUGCUGUGCUGUGGCCGUGGCUACAACACCUACACGGAGGAGGUGCAGGAGCGCUGCCACUGCCGCUACCGCUGGUGCUGCUCCGUGGUGUGCAGGCGCUGCCGGCGCAGCCUGGACAGACACGUCUGCAAAUGAGGAGCAGAGUUUGUCCAGGCAUGGCUGGACAGCGGGAGCCCAUCCCAAGGGAUGCUCCCAGCAAGGAGGAGGCUGUGCAGGAAGCCUGGCCUCGCAUGGAAAACUCAAACUGAGGGAUUUGGGGAAUCCAGUCCCUUCCAGCCCAGAGCUCUGGUCAGUGGUCAGCCCUCUGCCUCCAGCUGGGAAAAGCCACUGAUCAUUGCACAAGUUCCUUUCUCCAGGGGAAUGGGGACCCUGGGCUGCCAUUGUGCCUUUGCAGGAGGAUUCUGACAGCAGGAGUGAUGGAUGGGAGGGGGUAGAGUUAUCCACAGGGAGAAGGUUGCAGGGAUGGAAAGCUGCUACGGGUGAGGGGGUCAUGGGCAGCUCCUUUGGGAAUGGGAUUCUGCUGGGUGUUCCUCCUCAGGGGAAAACCCUGCUCCAGUGGCAUUUGCAGCAUCCCAAGGGAGAUGCAUGGAGAUGGUGCUGAUGAGGGCAGAGACACCAGGGACAGGAGAGGGCCUGGGGGCUGCCAAAACUGGGCAAAAACACACCUCAGCCAUGGCAUCACUGUAGCUUCUGUCCUCGUUUUGGAGGUGGGAGCCCACUCAACACAUGGAAUCUUCAUGGUUUGUCCUUCCUGCCCCUUCUUUUGGCCCACUGACACCUUCAGCCCAUUCCUUCCACCCCUCGGGACCAGGUGUGUUGGAAUUCUGGCCUGGAGAGGGGGACACAAUUACAGGGCCUUGGGGAAGCAAGAAAGAACCUUUAGUCUCUGUAGUCCCUGUAUUCUGGUGUGUGUGUUUAAAAUAAACAUGUUAUA